CGCGCAGUGCGCGGGUCUGCGGGUCCGUGGAAGUGCGGAGCGUGGGGCCUGGCUCGGCCUCCCCGGCGCGCGAGUGAGUGCGGCGGAAGCCCUCCUGCUUCUCCUCGAGUUGGAGGAGUGCAGCAGGCGUGCGCCCCGGCGUCGGGACGUGAGCUUGUGCUCCCGGUUUCUUUUGAACGUCGCCCCCACGCACACACGCCGAUCCCCUGAGAGUUGGUCUUCGCGCCUCAGCGCGCCCCUCCUCACCCGGCCCCUCCCACUGACCCCCGUUCUCGCUGACUCGCUCGCUCGCGGCCGGCAGUCGGCUUCGUCCCUGGGGUCCCUGCCUGGGGGCGGAGAAGAUGGCUGGAGGACGUCUACUGUUGGGGGGCGACUUCCUGUCGCCGCCGCCGCUGCCCCCCCUGCCGCCGCCGCCGCUGCCGCCCCUCCCGCCGCCCCCGCCCGAGCCAGUGCUGGAGCAGUGGCGCUAUAGCCACGAAAGUGACUGGCAGUGGGCUCUGCGGCGCAGCUUCAUCUGUCGGCACCUGCACAGCUAUCCCGGGGCUGCCCUCGACCAGCUCCUCGCGCUCUCCGCUGCCUGGACCAACCACGUCUUCCUGGGCUGCAGGUACAGCCCACGCUUGAUGGAAAAAAUUCUCCAAAUGGCUGAAGGUAUUGAUAUUGGGGAGAUGCCUUCAUACGAUCUGUUGCUGUCCAAACCUUCCAAAGGUCAAAAACGCCACCUCUCAACAUGUGACGGUCAAAAUCCUCCUAAAAAGCAAGCCGGUUCCAAAUUCCAUGCGAGACCUCGUUUUGAGCCUGUACAUUUUGUAGCUAGUAGUUCAAAAGAUGAAAGACAGGAAGAUCCUUAUGGCCCUCAAACAAAAGAGGUAAAUGAACAAACACAUUUUGCUGGCAUGCCGAGAGACGUCUACCAAGAUUAUACUCAAGACUCUUUCAGUAUACAAGAUGGCAAUUCUCAGUAUUGUGAUUCAUCAGGAUUUAUUUUCACAAAAGACCAGCCUGUAACAGCCAACAUGUAUUUUGACAGUGGGAACCCUGCCCCAAGCAGCACAUCACAGCAGGCAAACUCUCAGUCAGCUCCUGAGCCUUCGCCAUCGCAGACAUUUCCUGAGUCAGUGGUAGCUGAGAAGCAGUAUUUCAUUGAAAAAUUAACAGCAACUAUUUGGAAGAACCUUUCUAAUCCAGAGAUGACUUCUGGAUCUGAUAAAAUCAAUUAUACAUAUAUGUUAACUCGUUGUAUUCAGGCAUGUAAGACAAAUCCUGAGUAUAUUUAUGCUCCUUUAAAAGAAAUCCCUCCUGCUGACAUCCCCAAAAAUAAAAAACUUCUAACAGAUGGUUAUGCUUGUGAAGUUAGAUGCCAAAAUAUCUACUUGACUACAGGUUAUGCUGGCAGCAAGAAUGGGUCCAGGGAUCGAGCUACUGAGCUAGCUGUAAAACUCUUGCAGAAACGUAUUGAAGUUAGAGUUGUCCGGCGGAAAUUCAAGCACACAUUUGGAGAGGACCUUGUGGUGUGUCAGAUUGGCAUGCCUUCAUAUGAAUUUCCUCCAGCUCUGAAACCACCAGAAAACAUGGUGGUGCUGGGUAAAGAUGCUUCUGGGCAGCCAAUUUUAAAUGCUUCUGCCAAACACUGGACCAAUUUUAUCAUUACAGAAAAUGCAAAUGAUGCAAUUGGUAUACUUAACAAUUCUGCUUCAUUCAACAAAAUGUCAGUUGAGUACAAAUAUGAGAUGAUGCCAAAUCGCACGUGGCGUUGUCGAGUGUUUUUGCAAGAUCACUGCUUGGCUGAAGGUUAUGGAACCAAGAAAACAAGUAAACAUGCAGCUGCUGAUGAGGCUUUGAAAAUUCUUCAAAAAACACAACCCACUUACCCAUCCGUCAAAAGUUCACAGUGCCAUACAGGUUCUUCACCCAGAGGAUCUGGAAAGAAGAAAGAUAUAAAGGAUCUUGUAGUUUAUGAGAAUUCUUCCAAUCCUGUGUGCACACUGAAUGACACAGCUCAGUUUAACCGAAUGACAGUCGAAUACGUCUAUGAAAGGAUGACAGGCCUUCGCUGGAAAUGCAAGGUGAUUCUAGAGAGUGAAGUAAUUGCAGAAGCAGUUGGGGUAAAGAAAACUGUCAAAUACGAAGCUGCUGGGGAAGCUGUGAAAACCCUCAAAAAGACCCAACCGACUGUCAUUAACAACUUGAAGAAAGGAGCUAUUGAAGAUGUGAUCUCAAGAAAUGAAAUUCAGGGCCGCUCAGCAGAGGAAGCUUACAAACAACAAAUCAAAGAAGAUAACAUAGGGAAUCAGCUGCUGAGAAAGAUGGGGUGGACGGGUGGUGGUUUAGGUAAAUCUGGAGAGGGUAUACGGGAGCCUAUCUCGGUCAAAGAGCAGCAUAAGCGGGAAGGGCUUGGUCUUGAUGUUGAGAGGGUGAAUAAAAUUGCCAAGAGAGAUAUUGAACAGAUCAUCAGAAACUAUGCCCGCUCUGAGAGCCACACAGAUUUGACUUUCUCUAGAGAGCUGACUAAUGACGAACGGAAGCAAAUACACCAGAUUGCCCAGAAGUAUGGUCUUAAGAGUAAGUCUCAUGGGGUGGGCCAUGAUAGGUACCUGGUGGUAGGCAGAAAAAGACGGAAGGAAGACCUACUAGAUCAGCUCAAACAGGAAGGCCAAGUGGGGCAUUAUGAGCUUGUUAUGCCUCAAGCAAAUUGAGAUCUUACUAAUUUAUUUUGUAAAUGCCUAAUGAGGCAGAUUAAAUAAAUAAAUGAAUUAAAUAAA